UCUAAAUACGGUCACCUGUGUUCAGCUGCUGCAGCAACAGCAGUCACUUUCACCUCCGAGAAGCAGAAAGUCGGCCGAGCAAAGCAAAGAAAGACCCACUGACGCUCUGAAGCACAUAAACCACAAUGGCCUCCACCCUGUCGGUGCGCAGCCUCUCAGUGCAUCAGCCCUCCUUCUCCAGCGUCACGGUGAGAGACAGCGGGCGCAGCCUGCGCUCCAAGCCCCCCGUCUCCUCUCUGUUCACCGUCAACACGCUGUCCCUGUCCCGCUCGGUGUCCAUGGGAAACGGCCUCAACAUGCUGGGCUCCAGCCUGUCCCUUAACGGCCUUGGGGCCAGCGAGAAGGAGACCAUGCAGGGCCUGAAUGACAGGCUGGCCAACUACCUGGACAAGGUACGGUCACUGGAGCGGUCCAACGCCGAGCUGGAGGCGAAGAUCAAGCACCUCAUGAUGGAGAGAACGCCAAAAGGCCACGACAUAGAGGGCAUGAUGGCCCAGGCACAUACCAUCGGGCAGGAGAUGAGAAAGAGGACGCUGGAGAACGCCCGCAUCAUGCUGGAGAUUGACAACGCCAAACUGGCAGCUGAUGAUUUCAGGGUGAAAUGGGAAGCAGAGGCCUCCCUGUGCCAGUCGGUGGAGAGGGACUGUCAGGCUCUACGGAGAGCAAAGUCAGACCAUGACCAGAUCAUCGCCACUCUGAGAGGAGACCUGGACAGCCUGAAGGAGGAGAUGUACUACCUCAAGAAGAAUCACGACGAGGAGAAGAGCACCCUGAAGGCCCGACUGGCCACGGAGCAGGUGAGCGUGGAGGUGGAGGCAGCUCAGGGGCCCGACCUGGGGGCCAUCAUGGCUGAGCUGAGGGUCCAGUAUGAGGGCAUCGCGCGCAAGAACAAGGAGGACGCCGAAGCCUGGUACCUCAAGAAGUUGGAUGCUGUUCAGUGUGAGGUGAAAGAAAGCAACGAGGCGCUGCGCUGCGCCCAAGGAGAGCUCAGCGAGAGGAGGCGCUUCCUGCAAGCUCUGGAGGUGGAGCUGGACAAUCUACGCAAACAGGUCAGCGUGUUGGAGGGAAACCUAGGAGAGACCGGACACAAAUACACCGUGGAGAUGGACCGCCUCCAGGCUACCCUGACGCAGCUGGAGGACGAGCUGUCCCAGCUGCGUUUGGACAUGCAGCGCAACAAAACCGACUACGAGCAGCUUCUGCGCAUCAAGCAAAACCUGGAGAUGGAGAUCGCCACCUACAGGCGGCUGCUGGAAGGAGAGGAAAUGGUGAAAGAAACGCUUCCGCCUCCCAAAAAAGACCCCGAGGUUCGGACCAGGAAGAUCGUAAAAGUCGUCACGCAGACGAUGAUCAACGGCAAAGUGGUCGAGGAGUCCAGUGAGGUGGAGCAGAUUGAGGACAGCAAGAAAUGAGCCAAAAUAAAAAACUCUGCUGGGUUUUAUAAGCCAAAUAAUCCGACCUGCUUCUCUGAAAACUCUGGAAAUGAGGAUUAAAAUUUUGGUGGAAAGUUUUCA